ACAGCUCUCGAGUUGAACUCAGAAAGCCCGAGAGCUCGUAUGCAACGCGAACGUGUUCGUGUUGAUGCUCAGUACCUGGCAUUACUAUGACAACAAUACAUGUAGCCAGCCUUUAACCAGGGUGCCCAUAUUUCGGGCACAAUGCCGCGAGGAGACCUCCGCGCACGAGCUGGCGCGGCAACUCCUGGCGCGGCUGGUGCAGACGAUGUCGCCACAAACGACGUAGACAUAGAAAAGAUUUUAGAAACCAGCAAUGACAAAUUGGUGUCGGAGAAGUGCGUUUGCGAGCUGUCCGCGCAACAUGUCCGUGCAACAUCCACGCGUCGUCGGACCGUGGCGCUGGUGAACCUGGUGUUCGUCAUGGAGCGACUGGACGAGUCGCUGGUGCCUACGCUGGCCAGACCGCUGGGCUGUGCUUGGCGCGCGAGGCCGCAGCAGCUGGGGCUCAUCACCUUCGCGCGUGCGCUGGUGCAGGCGCUAGUGUGCCCGCUCGGCGGCCUUGCGGGCCACUACUUUGACCGCGUGUCGGUGCUGUGUGUGGGCUGUGUGCUGUGGGGCGUCUGCAGCGCGGUUUUUGCCUUCGCGCGCAACGUAAAACAGGGCAUGGCUGCUUGGGCGUUCAACGGCGUGGGACUGUCUCUCAUCAUCCCCAACAGCCAGUCCCUGGUGGCUGACUACUACAGCGCUACACAGAGGGGAGAGGCAUUCGGGACACUCAUGCUCACGGGCGCGCUGGGCGGCAUGCUGGGCGGCCUCUACGCCACCAACCUAGGCGGGCUGCCCCCCAGCGGCACCAGCACCGGGCUGGCGGGCUGGCAGCUGGUGUUCCUGUCCGUGGGAGCAGCCUCUGUGGGCGUGGGUGUGCUGGUGCUGCUGCUGGCAGUAGACCCACGUGCACCGCAGCCGCCCAGGCGGCCAGCUCCAGGCCGUGACGGCGGCCGCGGCAGCCGCAGUGGCGGGGCGGAGGCCCAGGCAGCCGUGGAGGCCGCUGGGGCCGCUGAGUCCAAAGGGCUGCUUGGGCGGGGCGAGGGUGGUGCGUACCUGGGUGGGGCAGUGGACGCGGCUGAUGCGGCCGGCAAUGGCGCAGUGACGCCUGCGGGUGCUGGCGGCGGCGGCGGCGGCCCCCCUCCGCUGACGUGGCGGCGGCUGUGGCGCAUGCUGACCACACCCACCUUCCUCAUAAUCAUCCUGCAGGGCAUCGUGGGCAGCACCCCCUGGAACGCGCUGGUGUUCCUCACCCUCUACUUCCAGCUGCUGGGCUUCAGCGACGCAGCGGCCAGUGCGCUGGUGGCGCUGUUCGGUGCGGGCGCAGCAGCCGGCUCCCUGCUGGGCGGCUGGCUGGGGGACCGGGUGGCUGAGCGGCACCCGCACCACGGCCGCAUUGCGCUGGUGCAGUUCAGUGUGGCAGUCGGCAUUCCCCUGACUGCGCUGCUGCUGAGGGGGCUGCCGGCGGACGUGGCGGCGGCGGGGGCGGGCGGCGGCGUGGCGGCGUACGGGGCCGUGUUGCUGACCAUGGGCCUGCUCAUCACGUGGGCCUCACCCGCCUGCAACCAGCCCAUGUUCGCCGAGAUAGUGCCGCCCGACAUGCGCAACCUGGUCUACGCCUUUGACCGGGCCCUGGAAGGCGCCAUCUCCGCGCUGGGUGCGCCGCUUGUGGGCAUGGCGGCGGAGCGCUGGUUCGGAUUCAGCGGCGUGGCGGCGGCCGAGGACAGCUGCGCGGAGCUGUUAGGGUUGGAGGCGGGGGCGGGGUUGCACGGCGGCGGCGGCCCCACAGCCAACCGCACAGCUGCAAUGGCGGCAAGGGCAGGCGGCCCCGCGCCCGACCUGCUCAAGGCGCGGUCGCUGGGUGAUGCCAUGCUACUGUUCAUGGUGGUGCCGUGGACGCUGUGUGCGCUGUUCUACACGGGGCUGCACUGGACCUACCCCCGAGACAGGGCCAGGGCGCUGAGGCCGCAGUGACACGGCGCUGGGCGUGGGGAAUCCUCUAGCGGAUGUAAUCCUGGCGGGCAUCCGAAGUGGUGGGUAGCGUAGGAUGCGAUGGUGAUUGAUGCUUGGAGUGUAUAUAUGCGUGAGUUCAAUUGCUAUGUUCGUGGCAAGGCGAAUGUACAAAGCUGUGAUAGACGGCGAUUUGGCGGGCGACGACCCACAGGCCACAGAGAGCCACCUACGCGAUGGAGGCUUUGCAAAUAAAAUUCUGUACUGUAUGAUGGGACUUGACUUGAGAGCGGCUGCACAGGCUGACGUUUUGGACGGUCCCCCAAAUCAAACGCACCAUGGAACCGGUUUUUCGCUCGCCACCUGUGCAACCUGCAUCGUAAUGGUCAAUAGUAGUAAACCUGCACAUAAGAGUUCACCACAGUAAUGAUACUUCUGU